AUGCCUUCAGAGAUCACCUUGAAGACUGUCCUAUGUUUCUGGUCCAUCUGCAUGGCCCUGGGGAGGCCUCCUUUCCCACUUAACUCGGGGGACUUGAACUUUCCACCUUCUGGACUACACAGCCAUUCUCAGAAGCUCAGGGUUCCUCCUUAUAUGAUGCAGCUUUACCAAACCCUCAUGGGUGAGCACAAGGAUCCUCACAGGCCGGAAAAUCAAAUCUUGGAAGAGUCCGACACUGUCCAGAGCCUUCCUGCUAAGAGUUGUACUGUGGAAGAUAAUCGCUGGUCAAUUACCUUUGACCUCACACCUAUCACCACAGGAGAUGAUCUAAGACUGGUGGAGCUUCGAGUUCUUCUCCCACCAUUUAAAACCCCCACCAAAAUCACCAUGGAGAUCUUCCACACUGAAAACGGACAAGGUAGAGUCUUCUUGGGGUCGGUCAUAAGGAACAUGCCGGUGAGUCACCAUUCCGCCUGGAAAAGCUUCAAUGUGACCAACAUGAUGGGGCAGCAUCUCCAGUGGGGCAAUAAGAAGACCGACCAUGCUAUAGGAAAGCCUCACGGCGCGGCAGUACCUCACUCUGAACGUCCCGAGAAGUCCAUUAAAGAUGACGUCAAAGUUCAGAAGACCUCCACGAACCGGGCCAUCGUUGUGUUUUUCAGUAAGGACAAGCCGUCUUCCAGGCCGAGGUCUCCGGGCCUGAUCAAGAAAUUGUCAGAAAGCUCUCCGAGGAUGGAUGGCUUCCGAAGGCAAAGACGAAACAGAAACAACAGGCAAAUAAUUACUCCCACCAACAAUUAUGCCGUGCCAGAAGAAGAGCAGGCUCCUCUGUGUAGAAAGGUGGACAUGAUGGUAGACUUCAAGGAGCUCGGAUGGGACAGCUGGGUCAUCUACCCCAAAAAGUACAACGCAUACCGGUGUGAAGGAAGCUGCCAGAUCCCGCUCAAGGACACCGCCAAGACAACAAACUAUGACUACAUAAAGAGUUUCAUCAAUCUAAAGGAAUGGGAGAGAUCAGAAUGUUCCUCGUGUGUGCCAGUGAAGAUGCGGCCAUUGUCCAUGCUCUUCCAUGAAGAACCCGACCUUGUUUUAAGACACCAUGAAGACAUGAUCAUCGAAGAAUGUGGGGCCCUCUAA